GUUUUUUCUAGGUGUUGCCCUGACGGCCAGAACGAGGCUGCUUCCGGCAACGACGUCACUGCGUCACGUGACUGGAGCCCUCCGCAGGACCUCCGCCCCCCUCGCGCUGUUGUUGAAAAGACGUGUUUUCAGGUAGUAUCGAGGUCACAGAAAUGUAGACGGGCAUUAGGCUACUAGUGAGGGAGCAACAAACCGUCUCACAGCGCAAACUCAAAUUCAGAGCCUUUACAUUUCUACCUUGGACAUCUCCACCUCAAAUGUGAUGCAGUCGCUUGCACAAGAAAUAAAAUCCUUCUCCAAAGCUAAUUUGCGGAAACAAUGCACCAGAGUAACGACUUUGAGCGGCAGGCGGAUUAUUGAGACAUGGAAAGGUUCCACUGUACAGGUGGUUGAGGAAACAGUACAGCCUGAAACUGCAUGUGGGUAUGUUCAGGAUAAUAACUGGGAUCUUCAAGUUGGAUUUGUUAAACCAUAUCUAUUACUUGGGUCACAAGAUGCCGCUCAUGACUUUGGUACUUUGAGGAAAUAUAAGGUCACACAUAUAUUAAAUGUUGCAUAUGGUGUGGAAAAUGCCUUUCCUGACCUGUUCAUCUAUAAAACACUGAGCAUACUGGAUCUGCCUGACAUUGAUAUCAUAUCACAUAUCGAGGAGUGUGCACAGUUUAUAGACCAGGCUAAAGCUGAGAAAGGAGUUGUACUUGUCCACUGCAAUUCUGGAGUUUCACGUUCUGUUUCGGUCGUCAUUGGAUAUCUGAUGUUGAAGGAAAAUCAGCCUUUUGGAGACACAUUUGCACUGGUGAAGUCAGCUCGACCGGCCUCAUGUCCAAAUCCAGGUUUCAUGGAACAGCUGAAAAACUUCAGACCACAGGAUGCUACACAAGCAAACGGUUUGGGUCAUGAUUGAACAUUAUUCUACAGCUGCAUCAACGCAAUGUCAAAGAAAUAGUUCACCCCAAAAUUAAAAUUCUGUCAUCGUUUCCCCCACCUAAUAUCUUUUAAAGCUGGUUUUCCAUUGACCACAGUGGUGAUAUUUAUAGAGAAUGUCCAAGCUGCUCUUUUCCUUACAGUGAAAGGUUGAGGCAGUCUAUUCCUCACACUAAGCUUGGAAAUGACAAAAAGUAAUAUGGGUUUUUAAUGAUAUGAAGGUGAGUAAAUAAAGACAGAAUUUUCAUUUUUUGGUGAACUGCCCUUUAAAAGCCACCAGUGCUUCCAUCAUAGUUUCGUAUAUGGCUUUAGUUUAACACUUUGGAAAUGUCUUGUAGGUGCUAAAAUGACAAAAAGAAAAUUUGCUGCCGAUCAGCUGGAAUUUGAAUUGAACUGGCUCCACAGGAUGUUGAAAUGAAUCUUGAAAUUAUGGGAAGAACUUCGAAUUUACUGAAAUGCAGUAGAAAGAAAUUCCCAACCUAUUCCAUUUUAUUUGUAAUUCCUUCAGUUCAAUUACAAUUCUCAUCCUGUGUGCUGCUUCAGUUUCAUUUCAGGAAUUCACAUUCAAAAGUCAUUCACAUCUAUACAUUAGCUAAUUUUAGUAGCUCCAUUUCAUUAUAAAUUAGCUUAACAUAUGGUAUCCUUUAAGAUGCAGUUAUUUUCCCAUUCAUCAGGUGUUUAAAAUCUUCUUUCCUGAUAGUGACAUCUUGUGGUCAACCUUUAUAUUUAGCAUUAUCAUUGAUCCAGUGAAAUAAUUUGAUCCAAUUUAUUUUAUUUAUUUUAUUUUUUUAAAUAAAGACCGGCUCUUAUACUCUGUAACUUUGAUAGCAACACUCAAUCAUUUUGUCCUCAUUUGAUGUCCUUGAUCAGCAUCUGGGAUGUUAAAGCUAUAUUUGUGCAAUAUAGUAACUUAAAUAUCAACCAAAAGAGAAGGUCUAGUUGAAUAAGUAUUCCUGGUACAUCAAAUCUUAGUUCAGUUUCUUUUGUAAUUUUGUAAUUUUAAUUACAUAUUUUGAUGUUUUUGUCCAUAGAUUGCAUACUAAUAGAGAUUUUCUUUUUUUUAAAACAAAAAUCUUAAGAUUCUUGUUUAAUCUCGUUGUGAUGUGUUUUUCUGAAGGUAGAAAAUUGUCAUCAAUGCUUGUGAGGAUGUUUGACAUGAAAGUUUAUUUCACUUUUAGAACUUCUGGGAUUAAUUUUGUGCUGUAGACUGAGCCUUGCUUUUAAAGUAUGGAUGUGUGGAAUGGAUUGUAUUGAAUAA